CUGCUCUACAACCCCCAUCCCGGAUGCGAGAAUACCGCUGAACUACACCUCGCUGCGUGAGGCCGGAUACGAAUGCCGAAGCCAGGCUCAGCCACGCUCGUUGCAUGAGUUUGCCGAGUCGGAGUUGAGGAUGCCUUACAUUGGCACCGUCGAACAUGUCGCGACAAUUCCAUAAUGAACAAGUCCAUCAUUACUGUUUCUGAUCGCGAGCAGGAGACGAAUAUGUGAGAGUACUUUCCAUGGCGAGAAUCAACAAUAUGCUGCUCAUGGCAAGGCUACCGUUCCUUUUCUUGUAUCAUCAAACGGACGGCCUCCAUCAACUAGAUACGUACCACGCGGCCAUCGCAGUGGCAUCCAUUGUUCAGACCGGUCUCGAAGUUCCCGCCGCAUGCGCUACGUUUCGAGUGUCGACACAAACUUUGGCGUCCUCUACGAAACAAACGCACGUUUGGAGGGACCCCAUGAAGCUGAUACAAUACCCCGAAAACCGUAGCUGGUGCACCACAUGGUCUCAAAUAGGCGACAGAUCUCCCUGGUACAGGGAUCGUGCCGGUCAUGUUUGGUACGGAAAAGUCGCGGUGGGCGUUCUCUCGACCAACCGCAUCUCAUGGUAGCAGCCCACACCGAAACGUUCACCCGCUUCAGCACGUUUUUGGCAUCUGGUACUUUUUGUAUGGAACCACUAUUAUCCGGCUGG